ACCAGCCCCGUGUUGGGCGCCACAUUCGGUGUCAGCUGCAGCAGCGGCAGAAGGUGGCACAGCUCACCGUCUGCAGCCGAGCGACCAGCUGCCGUCCGGUUCCCCCGCGGGCUUCGGUUAUCCAGACGACUCACCCCAACGCCUAACGCGCAUUGUUCUGCCAGAUAUCCAACCGUCCCUCCCCAGCUGGACCACAGACAGACGGACGGGUGAGGAGUGACCAAGUUUGGAGCUACUGUGGAGACGCGGUCCUCCAGCAACGCGUCGAGACGAAUCGAAGGGCAGAACUUCUUCCAUGUGACCGGUGAGAGAGAGACCAAAUGGAGGGAGAGGAAGGGAGACAUAGAGAGUGGAAGAGAGCAGCACCCCAGAAAUCAAACACCCGCACCCAUCCAUAGACACUCUUUCCACAGGACCUGAGAAAAGCAAGGGAAGGAGCAUUCAAAAGAACACGGCAAGAGGCAUCAGACAUCCAGUUCAGCCCCCCCGGCACUGAUGCACUCAUGGCUCCCCUUUGAGAACACAUCUCCUGCACCUUGACAACAGUACCUAGCCCCUCCCCUCAUCCGUCGGUUGCCAUGGAGAAGACCUACUCCCUGACCGCUCACUACGAUGAGUUCCAGGAGAUCAAGUAUGGCGGGCGCUACAGCAGCGACGUCCUCAGCAACGGCAUGACCCUCCACCUGGGGGGCAGCCUGGACCGCCACGUGGCGCGGGGCCGUGGGGGCAGCGGCAGCAGCGGCGCCGGGCGCAACCGAGACCCCUGCAGCGCCCACGGGGGCGGGGGCUCGGGGGCGGGCGGCCUGCCACGCUGGAGCCGGCGGGAGAUCUGCCUGCUGUCGGCGCUGGUGUUCGCGGCGGGCAUGUGUGUGAUCCUGGGCAGCAUGCUGGCGCUCAAGUACCUCUCCCUGGAGGCGCAGACCGACCCACUGUGCCGGCACGACUGCCAGCGGCGGCGCACGCUGCUGCGGGCCGCGCGCUUCGUGCAGGCCAACAUCGACCCCACCAUCCAGCCCUGCCAGGACUUCUACUCCUUUGCAUGCGGCGGCUGGCUGCGGCGCCACGGCAUCCCCGAGGACAAGCUGAGCUACGGCAUCAUCACGGCCAUCGGCGAGCACAACGAGGAGAAGCUGCGGCGCCUCCUGCUGGAGCCCGUGAGGCGGCGCGGGGCCGACUCCGCCGAACGCAAAGUUAAGGACUUCUACCGCUCCUGCAUGGACAUCCGGGAGAUUGACGCCCUGGGCUCUCUGCCCAUGAGCCAGGUGAUUGACAGCUGCGGGGGAUGGGACCUGGUGGCGGCGGCGGCGCCCGGGGGUGCGGGCUGGGAGGACGAGGGCGCCCCCCAGCGGCCCGACUUCAACGAGAUGCUGUACCGGACGCAGGGCGUGUUCAGCACCGCAGUGUUCUUCUCCCUCACCGUCAACGUGGACGACAAGAACUCGUCCAGGAACGCCAUCCGGAUUGAUCAAGAGGGACUCACAUUACCAGAGAGGAGUCUUUACUUGGGUCAAGAUGAGGACAGUGUCAAGAUCCUCGCAGCUUACAAGGCCCUGAUGGAAAGGCUGCUCAGCAUGCUGGGAGCACACAACGCAACGCUUAAGUCCAAGGAAAUACUCCAGCUGGAAACACGCCUUGCCAAUAUCACCGUCUCAGAAUACGACGACCAGAGGAAAGACAUCAGCAACAUGUACAACCGAAUCACUCUGAGACAACUGCAGCGCAGCGCUCCUGGUUUCCACUGGAAGCGUCUGUUGGACCGCAUCUUCCGCGACAACUUCUCAGAGGAGGAGGAGAUUGUGGUCCUGGCCACUGACUACAUGCAGAAGGUCUCUGAUAUCAUCAAGACCACCUCCAAGAGGGUGCUCCACAACUACAUGCUAUGGCGCAUCGUGGCGGCGCUCAGCGAGCACCUGUCCACCGCCUUCCGGAGCACAAUCCACGAGUUCUCCCGUGAGAUCGACGGUACAGAGCGGCAGCUGGAGCUGGGCCGGCUGUGUCUGACACAGGCCAAUAAGCACUUCGGCAUGGCCCUUGGGGCGAUGUUCGUCCAGCAGCACUUCUCUUCGCAGAGCAAGGCAAAGGUAGGUCGGGACUCCUGUCCGUCGAGGAGCACAGGAAACAUGCCUCGUGUUGAGUUAUCAUUGUUUCACAUGGUCUCUCUCUUUCUCUUUCUUCUCUCUCGCUCUCUCUCAGUCUUUCCUGCAGGAAUCCUCCAGCCGACUCUCUAUGACCCUGAGUUCCCACAGUCCCUGAACUACGGGGGCAUUGGCGCCAUCAUAGGCCACGAGCUGACUCACGGCUACGACGACUGGGGGGGCCAAUACGAUCGCCACGGCAACCUCAAGCAGUGGUGGACGCAGGACUCCUACAGAAAAUUCCAGAAGAAAGCUGAGUGUAUUGUGAAGCUCUACGAUAAUUUCACUGUCUACAACCAGAGGGUGAAUGGUCGUUUGACACUGGGGGAGAACAUUGCAGACAUGGGAGGCCUAAAGCUUUCCUAUUACGCCUAUCAGAAGUGGGUGAGGGAGCAUGGCCCAGAGAGACCCCUCCCUGGGCUCAAGUACACCCAUGAGCAGCUCCUGUUCAUCGCCUUCGCCCAGAAUUGGUGCAUGAAGCGAAGGUCCCAGUCCAUCUACCUGCAGCUUCUGACCGACAAACACGCCCCCGAGCACUACAGAGUGAUCGGCAGCGUGUCCCAGUUCGACGAGUUCUCCCGCGUGUUCCACUGUCCCAAAGGAUCCCCCAUGCACCCUGCGGAGAAGUGCUCCGUGUGGUGACCCCCCCCCCCCCACCACCACCAACCCCCCAACUACCCCACCAACCCCAACACCUCCUCAUACAGCAUGCUCUGUUGGCUCAGUGGCUCCUCCUCUGUGUUUGUGUCUCAGUCAUGGUUCAUCAUCUCAGUAAAACACAGGCUGGCCCAUGUGGCCAGGGGCGGUAGGCGUGUUCUAGAUUUGUGUCCAUGGCUACAGUAACCAACCCCCCCCCUCCCGACUUCCUGGGUAAACGUGACUAUGUGUUAUGUGUGUAUGUUAUACAUGUCAUUUGAUCACAUAUAUUUAUAGAUUAACAUUUUUUUGAAAUCAUCUAUUUUUGUAUUUUAAGAAUCCAAUAUCAAUAUAUAUCUGUUGUUAUUCUGUAACGUCCUAAUUCCUGCGGGCUCCACUGGCAGCAGGAAGUUGCCCACCUCCACAUCAAACAUCAUAGUUUCACAUCGGAGAUGUGAUCGGAACGGGACGGUGAACAAUUCCUCCAGCGUUGAUAUCGUUGUGACAUUAGGUGGCCUUUGAUAACUGUGAUUUCUAAUUGAAAAGGAUUGAGGUGACAGCAAAUGUAAUGAGCACCUCCUGCACGCCUUGUUUGUGUAUCUGUACCUCUUCUAUUUUGUAAUAAGUGGUUAUUUUUUUGCCACAGUGACAUGUGUCUGGGGAGGGAAUGAAGAGAAGUAUUUAUCACAACCUUGCCAUGCGUUAGUAAAAAGUACCUUCAUCUGCAUUCUU